AUGGUUCGUCGAAGCCCUGCAGCCAUUCUGGUUGCCUUGAGCGGCUUGGCCGCCUACUGUUGCCUUUUGGGCCAAUCCUCGCAGACCUUCACCGGGCUCCAGCCUAAUCGCAGCCCACGAGAUGAGAGCGCCAUCGCGAUGGGAGACAAGAUUUCCCGACAAGCGGGCAAAGCACGACGCGGCAAGUGGCAGAAGCAGCUCGUCAACACGGUAGAGAUCGAGGGCAAGGAGAUGCCCGAGAUGUUUCUGACGUUCCUGGGUCCUGAAGAAGACGACACACCAUUCGACGUCAGGCAGGCGACAUCGGACACCAUCAGCGUGACAUUUGAGAAGAGACCAUACGGAAUCGUUCGAUGGCAGCCCGGAAAGGACUUCAAGGGCGCUAUGGUGAAGGACGUUGCGCAUGGCGUUUUCGUCGGAGACCCUCUCGGACAAGCCAAAGCCAUGGGCGUCAAGUCAGGCAUGGUUGUGAAGAGCAUUGCUGGCGAGGAGGUGCUCAAUGAGGAUUUCGAAGCCAUCAUGAAGAAGCUAGGGGAUGAAGCCCUGGGCUACAAGCUCAACGUGCCAUUUCCCUUGGAAGUGACUUUCGCCAAAAUGCCCUCAUCGAGAUAA